AUUAAACGUUUAAGCAAAUAUAAACGUUUGUUUAAACAAAAGUUUUUCCCCAAAAUAUGCAUGAACCCUAAAUCGCAAAUCGCUAAUCUAUGAUUCUUCGCUCUAUUUUUUCUACCUAAUUCUUCGCUCUAAUUCUUCACUCCUAAUCCUUGCUCUUAAGGUUCAGAUUCAUUGCUCGAAGUCGGUCAGAUUGCAAGUCAGAUUUCGCUCCAAAUCAUUGCUCGAAGUCGCUCUAAUUGUGUCGCAAAAUUUUGGUAAAUUUUGGCUCAAAACUAUGUGAUUAAGCUUUUGAUUUGUACGAAUUUGUUGUUCUCGAAAUCCUUGCUCUUAAUUUGUUGAUUUUUUUUGUCAAUUUGUUCCUGCAUGUUAGUAUUGCUCUACAUUUGUCAAUUUUUUUUGUCAAUUUGUCGAUUCUGCAAGUUUUUGGGAGUUGUUAUUUAUGCUAGUAAUGUCAGAUAGAUUAUGGAGAAGCAAAUCAGAAUUAUUCGUAUUUUAUCAGUGGUUUAUCGAUUUAAUUGCUUAAAUGAUCGUAUGAGCUAUUGAUUACUGUGAAUUGGGAUAAUUGUAAUUUGUUUUGAUUACUAUGAAUUGUGAUAAUUGAUAACUCUAUCUGAUAGUAUUAUACUAGCUAGUAGUGAGCCAGUAAGGUAAUAUUCUUUUGCCAAUUUGUUGAUGAUUACUAUGAAGCAAGUUAAGAAUAAAUGCAGUUUAUGUGAUAGAUGAUUACUAAUAGUAUGGAAUAUCAUUGAUGAUUGAAUUGGUUUACUCAGACAUUUUUUAUUUAUGUUCAGAUUAUGUUAUGGGACAAAUAAAAUGAUUCGGUUAGAGAUGGAUUCUUGGUGUGACUUAAGGAUACUUGUACUUUAUGACUUUUAUGCUUAAUUUGAUUAAAACACUCUUACUUAAAAUAGUCCCUUCUAAUCUAAUUAUAUAAGCCCUUUGAUGAGUUGCUACUUUAUCAAUUCAGGAGAAUUAGGUUGCAUUAGUCAACUGCUAGAUAGUCUGCUACAUGCCAAUUACCCCAAUAACUAGUAUUUUAUCAUAUCUAUUCAUAUAAUUUUAUAACUAUUUUGUCUACUUAUGAACUUAUAAUAUACAAAUUUAUUGGUUCCAUUAUUUAGCUAGUAAGAUCCAGAUGUCUAACUUGUAUAUAUAAAGAAUGUUAUUGCCUUGGCUUUUGGGAGGACUUUCACACUUUUUUCUUUUAUUAACAUGGACAAAUAAAAUGAUUCAGUUAGAGAUGGUUUCUAUGGCUAUUAUGCUUGUACUUUAUUAUGCUUAAUUGUGUAUGUCCAGUUUCAGUAGCAUAAUGUCCAUAUGUGGAAAUUUUUAUGUCAAUUUGUACUUUUGUUUCAUUAGAUUAUUGGUCAACUUAUUUAUGUUGCUAUAAUGUUGCGUUUUAUUCCACCCAUCCCUUGUAUCAACUUAUAUAUUGUUUUAUGUAAUAUAGAAUGGAUAAUGAUAGAAGUUGGAUGCAUGUUCAAGGGUUGAAAGGUAGGCUUCAACCAAGUUACCGAAAUGGUGUUAAAUACUUUCUUGAUUUUGCUUUCAAGGACACUAACCCUAAUUCUGGGGAUAAGAAGAGGUGUCCUUGUUUGAAUUGUCGAAAUUACUUUGACCAUGACCGAUCGACAAUGCGUGUUCAUCUUCUUCGAGUGGGAAUAGACCCUGAUUACAAUCCAUGGGUAUUCCAUGGAGAGGAACAAUCCCUUGACAUCGGUGAGAUGGAGAUGUCCGAGGAGGAAGGUGAUGAGUUAUAUGAUGAAGAUCCUCUUGUAUCAGAAGAGAUGACUUCUUUGGUACAUGAUGCGACAAAUGUAGUGCGGGAGGAGCACGAUGGGGAUGAAGGGGGUGGAGAUUGUUCUGAGAUUCCCUAUAAGUUUUAUAAAUUGAUGAAAGAUGCAGAAGAAGAGCUAUUUUCGGGUUGUAAAACAUUUUCAAGGCUUGAAUUCAUUGUAACUCUCUUACACCUUAAGGUUAGUGGGGGUUGGAGUGAGAAAUCAUUUAGUGGGCUCCUAAGUGCAUUACAAAAGGCCUUUAAUUAUGACCCAAACUUUCCAAAAAGCUCUUAUGAAGCCAAGAAGUACACAAAAGACCUCGGGUUGAAUUAUGUGAAGAUUCAUGCUUGUGUCAAUCAUUGCAUACUUUAUAGAAAAGAGUAUGAAAAUGCUGAUUCAUGCCCUAUUUGUGAGGAGUCAAGAUGGAAGGAAGGUAGCAAUGAAUUUGAUGAUAGUGUUACCUUCUCGGAAUCUCAAGGGGCCUCACAAAGAAUGCCUAAGGUACCGCGUAUGGUUCUACGCCAUUUUCCUUUAGUGCCAAGGCUUCAAAGGCUUUUCAUGUCAUCGAAAAUUGCAAAGCACAUGCGAUGGCAUAAAGAGAGGCAACAACUUGAUGACAACAUAUUAAGACACCCAUCCGAUUCAAUGGCAUGGAAGAAGCUUGAUGAAUCAUUUCCAGAGUUUUCAAUCGAUCCACGUAAUGUGAGAUUAGGUCUUUCGACUGAUGGUUUCAAUUCCGGUGGACAUUUUGGCGCUAAUUACAGCAUUUGGCCAGUGUUUUUGGUGCCAUACAAUCUUCCACCAUGGAUGUGCAUGACAAGUCCAUACAUCAUGUUGUCACUCCUAAUUCCUGGUCCCAAGUCUCCUGGAAUGGAUAUUGAUGUGUUCUUAGAACCAUUGAUUGAUGAACUUCAAGAAUUAUGGGAAGUUGGGGUGAAAACUUAUGAUUCACAUAGUCGCCAAAACUUUACAAUGAAGGCAGCCCUAUUGUGGACAAUGAGUGAUUUUCCUGCUUAUGGAAAUUUGUGUGGUUGGAGUACUUGUGGUAAACUUGCUUGUCCAUCAUGUCACAUAGAUACCUCACACAAGAGAUUGAAGCUUGGAAAGAAAGAAUUCUUUGAUGCUAAUCGUAGAUUCUUGGAUCCCGAUCAUAGAUGGAGAAUGGAUAGAAAAUCAUUCAAUGGAGAAACAGAAAGACGACCACCUCCUAUCCCUUUGUCGGGGGAUGAGAUAGUAGAAGCCUUUGAUGGUGUUCCGAAUGUGAUAUUUGGGAAGAAGAGAAAGAGAACCAAAAGAUACUUGUUUGGCCAAUGGAAGAAGUUUAGUACCUUCUUUAGACUCCCUUAUUGGAGUAAGCUUUUGGUAAGGCAUAACUUAGAUGUGAUGCAUAUUGAAAAAAAUAUUUGUGAUAGUAUCUUAGCAACUGUACUUGAUAUUCCUAAUAAGACAAAGGACACUUUGAACGUACGAAAGGAUUUGUUGAAGUUGAACAUGCAUGAGAAAUUGAGACCUAUCAAGAUAGGUGAUAAAUAUGCCAUUCCUAGAGCUCCUUAUCAAUUGACAUUGCUUGAGAGGCGUAGAGUAUCGGAGUGGUUGUCUAAGGUUAAAGUGCCAGAUGGUUACUCUUCUAACAUAGCUCGAUGUGCAAGUGUAGAAGAUGGAAAAAUCUCGAACAUGAAGAGCCAUGAUUGUCAUGUUUUUAUGCAAGAUUUGCUUACACCGGCAUUUCAAGGCAUUUUGCCUAAGCAAGUGUUAGAACCUUUGGUUGAGCUAAGCUUGUUUUUUAAGCAAUUUUGCUCCAAAACUCUAAAAAUUGAUGUGUUGGAGCGAUUGGAAAAGAGUAUUGCAAUAACUCUUUGUAAGCUUGAAAAGGUGUUUGUUCCAUCGUUCUUUGAUAUUAUGGUUCACCUCCCAAUCCACUUGGCUACUGAGGCCAAGCUUGCUGGGCCAGUGCAAUAUCGUUGGCAAUAUCGAUUUGAAAGGUUGAAGGCCGACUAUUUUUCAAAUCGCAAAUCUUUAUUAGAGGCGGAGCAUGCUUGCCCACCUUCAAUAAAACUUGAACAAUGGAAGUGGCUUGUUUAUAACUAUUGGAGCUCUCCUAAACAAAAGGAAAGGAGCGAGAAGAAUCGGGCAAAUGCUCUUGCAAAGAAGAUCAAGUCGGCAUGUGGUGCGAAAUCAACAGCUCGCAUAAUUUAUGAAUUGGAACUUGAGGCGCAAGCUUGUGAAAAUGAGAAUGAGGUCACCGAAAUUAAUGGUUCUAGUUCAAACGUCACCUCAUCCCAAGCUAAAGAUGAUCCCAUGUAUUUAAAGUUAUGGGAGAAGUCAAAGAGGCAUAAAAAUGGGAAGUUUGACGAUGAGGCCGAGGAGAAGUUCAAGGAAUUAAAGGAGUUGCAUGAGAAGGAAAUUGGUGAAAAGGGGGUUGAUAAUCUUACUCUUGAAGAAGCUUAUGUGAAGGUUCUUGGACAUCGUUCAGGUUAUGCCCGAGGUUUAGGCAAAGGGCACCCGGUGUCAUCUAAAGAUGGAAAGAUAGGAAGAGCUGAGCUGGAACAAAAUGUUGAAAAACUACAAAAUGAAAAUAAUAUUAUGCGAGCUGAAUUGGAAGCGUCUAAGAAGAAACAAGAAGACCUAGAACAAAAGCUUCGGUUAAUCAUGGAGAAGAUUGGCCUUGAUGCUUGAUAAAGUUAGGGGAUCAAGUCAGUGUGCUGAUGUUUUGGGGAUGGAGGACACCAAAGGCUGGUUGCAUUUCUUGGAUGGAAAAAGGGGAUGCUUGAAGAUGCAAGGAUGAAAAGAUGUCCUAGAAUUAUUAAAUAAUUGCUUUUUGGAAAACUUGGUUAAUACUUUUGUAUAUAUAAUGACAAAAUUAGAAUAUAUAAUGACAAAAUUAGAAUUUAUAUUAACUAAAUGUCCUAGAAUUAUUAAAUACUUUUUUUUUUU